GGAUUUUGUUGAAGGGACACAGAAACGAUAACAUGUGAGCGGUGUUUUGGUGUUGACAGCUGAUAUCUGAAGUCGUCUUUUACGCAUUCAGAAUGACGCGGUGGGCUCGAGCGAAUAAUGUCCAUAAACACAAAGCGGCGGACGCCACACCAUGGAAGCAGCUGAAGGCCAACAGUAGCGCCGGGGCAGCGGGAACCAGCAGGGGUGGCCGAAACAUCCAGCAGGGGUCAGGUGUAAGAAAAAAACCCAACCCGAAGACAAAGCAGCACGACAAUGAGGAUGUGAACGGAUUCAUGGAGUAUUUAAAGCAGACCGGACAGACGCUGCAGAAACGCACACCAGUGGAUCUGAGAGGAGAAGUGGAGACGGCGCUGAAGAAAGACGCGCGGCGAGAGAACAGACGGAUAAAGAGACAAAACACUAAGAAGAGUAAUAUGAUCUGCUUUAACUGCCGGAAGCCUGGCCACGGACUCGCCGACUGUCCAGAAGCGGAUAAUGAUGAAGAAAUGGGCCGAGGAAUCUGUUAUCGCUGCGGCUCUACUGAACAUGAGAUCCAGAGAUGUCGUGCCAAAGUGGAUCCUGCCAUGGGUAAUUACCCAUACGCCAAGUGUUUUAUCUGUGGUCAGACGGGUCAUCUGUCCAAAGCCUGCCCUGAUAACCCUAAAGGACUAUAUGCUGCAGGCGGCAGCUGUCGGGUUUGUGGCUCAGUGGAGCACUUUCAGAAAGACUGUCCUGAACACCAGAACUCCACUAAUUCCAUCACUCUGGGCCGGCUUUCCAACAGAAUCAGCGCUGACCAUGAGGACGUACACGUGCCUGUCAAAAAAGUGCAACCCAAAAAAGCCAAAGUUGUGGUUUUCUGAUUCAGAAACCUAGAAAUGGACAAUUUUUAACUGAUACUACAAUUAAGACUUGGUCUCUAUAGUCAUUGCCAAUGAUUCUGUUUUUCAACACAUAAAACAUCCUCUUGAGGAAUCUGAGACUUGAACAUCACACAUGAUUUAAUCAGAAUUGUAUGUAUUGUCAUGCUAAUAAAGUAUUCAGGGAA